GAGAGAGAGAGAGAGAGAAAGAGAGAGUAUAGGCACGACCGAUAUAGUUCACGUUAAUGGCUAUAAGACUAUUUGUAAUAUAUUCUUACAGAAAUUCUGUUUAUCUCUUUUUUUAUAUAUAUAUUCAUUUCCACUUCAUUUACAUUUUGCGAUUUCAUAGAAAUUUUUUACUUUUUGAAAUGCCCGCCAUUUUAAAACCGGAAAUCUAUAUCAAAUCAAAAUUACUUGUGAAUCCUUGUUUGCAAGUAAUUUAAUUCUUCUUCUUUUUUUUUCUUUGUCUUUUUUUCUUCUUGUACAAAUUUCAAGUGAAUUUAUUCAGUCGUUCGGAACGAUAGAGAGAAUAUACACACACACACACAUACAUACGCACGUACGCACGCACGCGCGCGCCAAAUACACACACACACACACACACAUAUAUAUAUAUACACACAGCAGAGAGAGCAACACGCAUACAUUUUAGAUUUUGAUAUGAAACGUAAAGAUCGAACAAGUUUUUUGGAUAUCUCAAGUAGUCUCGGAGAUAAUCAUUUGUUAGACAUUUCGUUUUAUCGAGAACGUAAGGAACUUGUUACGGUCGUGCCUAAAAAAAAGAAGAAAAAAGGAAAGGGAUAAAAGAAGCGGGAGCAAAACAUGUCAAGCAGCACGAUGCGCUUUACGGUAGCGCCAGCUUCUGGUUCACUCGUUACUAACUCUUUGGCUCCUGUUUGACUCAGAAAAGAGAAGUGUGUUGUUGGGAUAAACGCGUCGCGUGAACGUGGAUAUUUUAUAUAGUUAGAAAUGUUGUCAGUCGAUUUAACGAAGCUUUCUUGAUAAUAUCGCACGUUUGACGUCCAGCUCCCGCUGAUAUCCGGCGACACGGUCUUUCAUUUUAAAUAUAACGGUGUAUAAAUAAGUAUGAGCAAUAGCAGAGAAUACGCGGAGCUCCCGACCGUAUGAAUUUUUUUUGAUACGCACGUUUGGACUAUCGAUCAUCGCUGAUAUUUUCUCAUUUCAUCGAGGAUCCAAGAUCAAGGGUGCAUCAAAUGCGUUCAAUAUUUAUGACUUUUUCUUUGACGUUUACCGUAUAUGUUCUUUGUGCGUGGGUAUGCAGUACCGAAACACCAAGGAACACUUGAAUCCAAAGUCUGUAAAGAAUUUGGAAUAUACCUUUGUUUUCGGAAGAACGUAUUUGGAAUAAACGAGUUCUCUUAAACGAUGAAUACUUGUUUUGUACUGGCUAAGGGCUGCUUAGUUUGCCGCUUGACCCAGUUUAAUAAAAAAAAUAUACACAAUGCUGUUCUUCCCGAACUGGUUACAGCCGCAGGACAUGCUGCACGAUGUUGAAAAUCGUUAUGGGAUCAGUACAGAUUCCUGUAUAAUGUUUGAGGAGUUCUGCAUAUUUGCCACAGAACUGGCACUUCUGUGCGAACGAGGAACAGUCGUUCCUAUGAGCACCUCUCAUUUGUUACACUGUGAUGGAAAGGAUACUAAUUAUAAAAUUGGUUCAAAGAGAAUGGCAUAUGAGGUAUUUUUGGGUGGCUCUUGUAAUCCAACCACCUGGAGGUCAGAGAUAGCAAUACCGACACUUCAAAGACUUGGAAUUACUUAUUAUAAUCCUCAAGUAUCACAAUGGGGUCCAGAGCUUAUAGCUCAAGAAUAUGAAGCAAAACAGACAGCACGCGUUUUGCUUUUUGUAAUCGAUAAUCAAACUCGUAAUAGCGCCGGAAUUAUAGAGGCAGCUCAAUUGGCAGCAACUAGGAGUGAAUCUCUGAUUCUUGUAAUUUACCCGUAUCGACAAGAUCAGACUAUACUCGGAGAAAGUGUUUCAUCACAGGAAUACUAUGAUUUAAUGAAUGGAUUACUUGUACUUCAAUACUUUAUGGAAAGACACAGGAUACCUAUAUUUGAAAGUGUAUCGGUCGCUCUAAAUUGUACAUCUAAGAUUUUGCGCGAACAAAUAAACGUACAGGACUUACAUGCUGAUGAUGGAGCAAGAACUAUGAGAAUCUCUCUAAGUCAAAAUGGGUCCGAUAUAAUAAUGUUAAGAGAGAUUUUUAAAUCUUUGGACAUUAAUGAUAGUGGUACAAUAAAUUUAAAAGAAGCUUGGGUAGCCUUACAGACAAACACAAAAUGUAAUGUGUCAGUUUCAGAUCUGUUCAAUGCUGUAAAUAAGUCAGAAACGUACAGAAGCGUGAUCGAUGGAUUUCCAGGGAAAGGUGAUCCAGCAGAAUCGCGGAUAAACUUCGAACAGUUUUACUCUUUAGCCAGCGAAGCUUCAUGGCGGAUGAAGAAUAAUGGAGUUUCUUGUGAAAGUGAGAUACCUUCAGUUUGGAGUAUAUUAUGUAGGAAGGCCUCAAAAUUUCUGCGCAGAGCUAUUGUACACCCUUUUAAUCGUUUCCUAGAUUGGACUAACUCCUUAAUACCAGAGUCUGAGAAGAGAGACCUGUAUGUUGGAGUGGUCAGUAAAGAUCUGUUUUGGUUAGAAUCUUCUGCAGCUCCAUUGAUUGAGUCUAUGGGUUUGACUCUAUAUCGACCAAGCCUGAAUGAGUACAACAUAAGGGUAUUGCCACACGAAUUACAAAGGAUGAAAAAUUCGCGGUUAAUCCUAUUAAUUGUACCGCAGCACUCUCGUGGCAUUGCUAUAAUGGCAUUAGCAGCUCACUUGAUUGGAAUACGUGCUAAGCUUGUCCUGUGUGUUCAAAUUCUCCCCGAGGGUUGUAUUAUUUCUGGUGAAAAGUUAACCGAACAAGCCACGAAAGACUAUAAUCGGGGAAGGAUGUACCUGUCGGACUAUGCAAAGCGCGAAGGUGUACCUGUUUUUCAGAAUAUCGCUGAUGCACUGCAACAUGCGAUACAGCUAGUUCAAAGUCCCUUUUUAAGAGACAACAAGACAGGAAUCAUUGCCGAGAAGUAUAUAGUCCUUUUAGAGCCAACGAGUACGGCAUCAUUUAGAUUUGGAGAUUCUAAGAGCAAAAGAUUGCCUACAUCCAAAUCGAAGGGAAGUGCCACCCGUGGUACAGUUGUCAUGUACCACCAUAAUGGAACACCAAUUCCUAAGAGUAUUACCGCGAAGGAUAUGCUGGCAUAUACUCUAUAUUUUUCUAUUAUGAAUACGAUUGCAAUGGAACCAGAAAUUACCGUCACGACGGCUAGAGAGAAAGAGCCACAUUUGGGUAAUCUUCUUAUACGAUUUGUAGCAAUAUAUUGGAAAUCUUUUAUAAUUGUACUAUGGCCAUUGAUUCUAUUGCCAUUAAUAUUUAUAAAAACUGAAGAGGUAUUGGCCAUGCGAUGUUUAUACGUAGUCGCUUUGAUGGCAAUGUUUUGGGUAACAGAGGCUCUACCAUUACCCAUCACAGGUCUCAUACCCGUGGUAUUUUAUCCUCUAAUGGGUAUUAUGAGCACUAAUGAAACUUGCCUUUGUUAUAUGAAUGAUACUACAAUGAUGUUUCUUGGUAGCUUGGUUAUCGCCGUUGUUAUUGAAAACUCUGGUCUACAUAUGCGCAUUGCUCUCUUGAUCAUAAAAAUAAUUGGUUGCAGUCAUAGAAGGUUGACUUUGGGCCUCUUUUUCGUGACGAUGUUCAUUUCUAUGUGGGUUUCUAAUACCGCUGCUACGACGAUGAUGAUACCGAUUAUGGAGACGGUACUCUUAGAACUUGAAGCACAAGGACUUGGUAAUAUGUUCAUUCAAGAGAAUGAAACUGAAAUGGCGAUUUCACCUAUUUCAAAAAGACCGACACAUAGUACAAUGGUUUAUUAUUUGGUGGCAGCUUAUGGUUCAAGUCUUGGUGGUAUUGGUACGAUAGUAGGAAGCGGAACAAAUUUAACUUUGAAAGGAUUUUUCGAAACACGUUUUCCGAAUAGUCCAAGUAUAAGUUUUGCCUCUUGGAUGCUUUAUUCUGUACCACCAAUGUUACUGAUGGGCCUUCUGUCCUGGCUAUGGUUACAAGUGAUGUACAUGGGUCUAUUCAGGCCAAAAAGCAAAGAUGCUAGAGCGAUUGAUAUUGGUUCCCAAGGAGAACGUGUUGCUACAGAAGUGAUACAAAAAAGAUACAAGGAACUCGGACCAAUUUCGUGGCAUGAAUCUGUAGUUGGAAUUAUGUUUAUAACUGUAGUACUACUUUGGUUCUUUAGAAGUCCUGGAUUCAUGAAAGGCUGGCCAUCUUACAUCACGAAUUUGCCAGUCAAGGAUUCAACGGCGGCUACGUGUCUGACGAUCUUAUUUUUCAUACUUCCAGCAAAACUUGAUUUUCUACAUGCCUUUGAUAAGGAUCCGAAUAAACGUCCUAAAAAACCGUCGCCUGGUAUGAUAACAUGGCAGACGAUACAUCAAAAAAUGCACUGGAGUUUGAUACUGGUGCUUGGUGGAGGUUUUGCUAUAUCAGCUGGUAGUAAAUUAUCUAGAUUAUCAGAAAUCCUUGGAAAUUUAUUAACAGGAUUGAAUUCUAUACAUCCAAUAGCAAUAUUGGCUAUUGUUUGUAUAUUUGCAGAAACUGCAACUGAGCUCACUGCAAAUGUUGCUGUUGCAAAUAUCAUAUUACCAGUAUUAGCAGAAAUGUGUGUGGCACUACAAAUACAUCCUUUGUAUCUUAUGCUUCCAGCAACUAUAUGUUGUUCAUUCUCAUUUCAUUUACCAGUAGGUACACCACCCAAUGCCAUUGCCAGUGCAGCAGGACAUAUAAGAACAAAAGAUUUUAUAAUUGCUGGGAUAGGUCCAACUAUUAUAACACUCAUUAUAACUAUAGGAGGAUUUUGUACUUGGGGUACAUAUGUAUUUAAUUUACAUGAAUUUCCAACAUGGGCUUCGCAGAAUAAAACAAUGUAGAUUUGCUUUUUAUUUAGUAUUAUUCAUAUUAAACUUUUUUUAAAGACUAAAUUAAAUUAUAUAUAAAAAUUUCUAUAUAAUAUAAUUAUCUAGAAAAAAAAGAAGAAGAAAGAAAAAAAAGAAAUAAAAUAAUAUUACAUUAUGGUUACUUUAUAAAAAAAGAACAUCGUGAAAUGGUAUUACAGAAGCUUAACUUAAUAAGCCGACUAGAAUCUUCAUAUUAUCAUAUCAAAAUAAAAAAUAAGAUAAAUAUAGAUACGAUUUAUUUUUUAUAAAAAUAUUAAAAUGUUUAACUGUCUGUAUUAAAAAUAACAAAUAUAUUUGUUUGUUAUAUCGAUAUUUAAUA